AUGGAUGUCGAGCUAUCGAAUGGCUUAGCCAUCCAAAUCGACACGAUUCCCAGCUUGAGCUCUGACAGCAAUUGGGGAAAAGAUUUUCCCUACACCCCAGAAGAAUCCAAGAAACUAAAAGAGCAAGUUUUCAGCUGCAAACGACCCCAUAAAUCCAGACAAGAUUCCCUUGAUCGUCUCACUCUCCUGCACACCCAGUCCGAAAAGAUCGCCUCAAGUCGUCACCAGGCACCAACCACUCGACACCGAUUCAUUUUUUCCACCUGGCCUCGCGACCCAAAGGGAAAGCCACUUUUGUCUGAAAACAGCAUGCUAGGGAAGAUGGUAGCCAAUGAGGUACAGCACUGGGGUGCGACGCUGUUUGAUUUCUACCAUGUCCGACGUAUGCACAAUUUUGGUGGGUUGCAGUUGACAUCGACUGGGAGUAAGUGGAUGAAAGCGAGCAGAGAGGAUUACACAAAGGAGGAGUUGCAGCUUGUGGAGGAGGAGGAAGAUCUGAAAGAGAGCUUCCCUUGUGAUAUCGCGAAGCUUGUUGAGGAUGUUGAAAUGAGGAUCUCGAAGACAUUGAGCAAGUCUGAGGGGGAAAGAAAAAAGGAGGGAUUUAUUCGUCCUGAGCCGUUCGACACGACCUUCAAUUCUUUGCCGAUUCUUCAACAACGUCUUCCACUACACCUUCUGCCAAUGACUCUCUAUGUUCAUGACCAGUUCCGUUUGCUUCAAGUUCGAGAUGGCCACUUCAAGGAACACCAUCCUCAACCAUGGUCUUCAAAACCCGACAUAGUCCACGCCUAUAGCCAUAACGCCUCUCCUGCUGGCAGAGAGAAGAUGGAAAAGGAACAAGAGAAACUGAUCUCAGACCAUGAGGUCGAGGAAGCUCUUCGGAAGGGUGCUAAGCCUGAAGAACAUUCUUCAGCAUUAGCACUCUAUGGACAGCCUCAUCCCUGGAUCAACUGA